AUGGGAGAUGCACAAAAAUUAGAAAACUACAGACCAAUGCAAUUGCUAUCACACCAAUAUAAGAUGCUUGUCUGGAUCAUUAUUAGUAGGCUAACCAAGAAACUAGAUGAAUACCAACCAUACGAACAAGCUGGUUUCAGGAAGGGCUAUUCAACAUCAGACCACAUAUUUAUUAACCAUGAGCAAGAUUGGCAGUCGCUACAUCAGCCUAAUGCAAAGUACUAUUUCAACCAAAACGAAUACACAAAACCAGUAAAUAUAGAAAGAGGUGUUAAACAAAGCUACAGUCUGUCAUUUAAACUUUUCACCUUGGUCCUAGAAGAUAUAUUCAAAAAACUGGACUUGUCGAACAAUAACGUAAGCGAAUUGCAAGAAAUGCUAACAGAGUUGCACACCGAGUGCAGCAAGGUGGGUUUGAACAGGAACCUUAGAAAAAGCAAGGAAAUAUACACAGAAGAAAAUGUAACAACGAUAGACAACAAGAAAAUAGAAAGAGUCACUGAAUAUAUAUACCUCAAAACAUCGUUCUUAAUAGAGAUACCCAAACGGGAGAAAUAA